UCAGAUCAUCAGUCACUCAGUCAGGGAGGACACUGCUCAGCCAGAAUCCGUUCUCAAAUUGAAAACACUCGGCCCGGAUUGGGAAUCAAACCGAAGACUCAACUACACUCAGGGGUAAUACAAACAGAGACAGGAUGGCUACCACAGUGAGGGCAGCAGUCUGUCUGUGCCUCUGGCUUUUUGCCUGUCAGGUCAGAGGAUCCCACAUCCCAGCAGAGAUGAACAGGACCAUCCAGAGCCUCUUGCAGCACUAUAAAAUUUCAAGCCGGGAAAAAUAUGAUGGGAAACCCGUAUUUCCUAGUGACCAGAACAAAAAAAUUGAGACCAAGUUGAUCUUCAUGGGUGGUGUUUUGGAGUCGUACGAAAAGUUGCUUGGCCACAUGUUGAAACAACUGCCCACUCCGAGUCCCCAGAUUGCCGUGAGCAACGCGCAACCUGGCUCGGCCAUCACCCCUGCGUCCAGCAGCCCCAACAACGCAGGCUUGGUAGCAGGCAGAGAUGUCAGAUCAGAGCUGAAUUACAUCCUGAAGAAGGUCCAGGAGCUAAAGAAACGCCGCUACCAUGAACAGGAGAAGCUUCUGCAGGGAUUGCAGACCCUCAGAGAUAUCAAGAUGAACGACCGCAUCAUCCAGAGCAAAGCACUUUGGCAGCUGCCACAGCUGUACGAAGAGGCGAGCUCGCUCCCCGAAAUCAAGAUCCAGAGGAGACGCAGACGGCGGAGGCAAACAAAGGCUAAAGAUCGCACCAGAGCCUAAAAGGCGACCUAAAGGGCAUAAAGAGAAAUAACAGUAAAACAAGGAUGCAGGAUGUUUAAAUUAUACAAAACCAAAAGAUUCUCAGACUGAAACCAGUGUGUCUAGUUGUUAGAAUUUUGUAUUCUAUUUUCAUCUAUAUUUAUAUUUAAAUUAACAGUGAACCAGCAGCCUAAGCCUUAUAAGAUCGUAGUCUCGGAAAAAUAUUUUUAUAUAAUGUUUGGUGUGUGAUACUUGAAACCAGCAUAAAAGUUUGAUCCUGUGGAAUAUUUUCACUGAAGGAUCCAGAGAUUAUACCUAAUUGUUUUCAACAUGGAGUUUCACCCAGUGGAAAUACUUGAUUUAAUGUUGUUGUUUUUUCUCGGCUUU